AUGUCCGAUGAAUCAUUAGACUUCCAGAAAUCUUCGGGAACUUCUGGAACUGAUGUCGGUAGUUCACCUUUUACAUUUACUGCAUCUACAAAUCAAGUAUCACAUUUAGCAGAUGUAUUCUCAUCGGUAACAUCAAUUAAUUCCCAGGCGUUGAUGAUAAUAACAACAAAUGGUAUAAUAAUAUACUCCGAAUACAACCAUAUAUGUAAUGUACAGUUAUCUAUUGAUCCAUCCUUAUUUGGAACUUAUAACUUUUAUUCUGAAAAUAAUACUAGUUCCCUGCAAAAUAAUGAAGAAUUAAGACUUGGUGUCGAUAUAGGCCUAAUAAGUGAUGCAUUUAUUGCAGCAGCGUCGUCUAAUGUGUCAAAAAGCAAAAUAAAAGCAAAUAAUGGUAAUAAAGUAACAACUAAUGGUUCUGUUGACAAUCAAGUGUGUUAUAUAACAUACAACGGUGAAGGAUACCCUUUGGUUGUAGAAUUCGAAGAUAGCUUAAUGAGUGAAAAAAUAGAGUUCUUGACGUUUUACCUUGAUAUAACGUAUCCGUAUGAUAUACCCAACAGUCAAGAAGAAGAGGAAGACGAACAGUAUAACCUAGUCAUUAAUCACAGCGAAAUUCAAUUUGAAGUAAUAUUGAAAAGUGACGUAUUUACUAAUCUACUUAAAGAUUUGCAGCAAAUAAAUACUAUUGACUUGUUCAUGUUUAUUUCGAAUGAAAUGAGGCACUUAGGGUCAAAUAGACAAAAAUCAAAGAAAGGCCGAAAAUCUGGUCCAUUAUAUUUGGAUAAGCAAUUUAAUUUCAUAUCUAAAGGGCCAAUUGGUCUUCUGAAAUUAAUAUUUCCAAAUGAGAAAACUAUACUAGAGAAAUUGAAUAUAUACGGUAAGGAUCAUGAUGACUCCGAAAUGAAACCUAUAAAUACUUCUUUGAUUUCCUGUUAUAAUUUCGGUAAUUUCAGUAAGAUUUUCAAAGCAGUGAAGCUUUCCAUCAAAUGUAAAAUAAUGAAAGAUUUAUCUGGCAUAUUAUCUAUCCAAUUACUUUGUAAAAAUCCACAACUAACAAACUACUCAGGUACUUUAAUAACAUUCAAUAUGCUAGAAGCUACGACAUUGGUCGAUAAGUUUGAUAACAACGAAGAACCAGAAGAAUUCGAAAGAUUUCACCUCAACAACAUUUUUGACGACGAGUCAUACGAAUAUAUUAAAGAUUACAAUGAUAAAAACCAUAAAAGGGUUCCUAUUCCUAAUAUAGAAUCUACAAAUAUUCGAGAAUAUGAAGAACUAGGCAACGACAAAGAUGAACCGCCUAUAUUAUCAUAUGCUUCCUUCCGUAAUAAUUCGAAGCUGGCUACAAGCAAUAAUGUACAAAUUAAUGAAACGAUUUAUGAGGAAGAUAAAAAUGGAAAUAAUAAGAAGCGCAAAAAGGAAAUGGAACCUGCUGAUGAUAAUGAUAAGAAUAUCAAAACUGUUGGUGGCGCUAUUGAGAUUCCACUCUUUUUGUGA